AUGGCGAUUAGAAUUACCUUGACCUAUUCCACCUAUGUUGCUCGGAAUCUCUCUUCCUCCGCCGGAGUCCGUGUUGGCUCCGGCGGGGACCUCCGCUCCUGCUUUGAGUACUUGGUUCGUCCCAUGUUCUUCAGCCAGAAGCCCGAUCUGGACAAAUCUCCCCGGAUCCGACCCGCCCCGAUGUACACCAGCAUCGCGAGGGAGAUCAUCGGAGAAGGGAGACAGAGCCCGUUUGUGAUGGGGCUGAUCUCGAUUUUAAAGUCAUCGUCGGCUACCGAGUCGUCGUCGACGGUGAACGUGCUCGGUGUUUCACCAUUUAAGGCUUCUUCUAUCAUUCCGUUUCUUCAAGGAUCGAAACGGCUGAAUCCGCCGGAAAUCGAUGACAUCGACAGGGGAGGAACGGCGUGUGAUGAUGAUGAUGAUGGCAAAGAGCUCGGGAAGUUGGAAUUUAGUGAGUAUAAGGAAUCGAGUGGAGGAAGCGGAUGGGUCAACAAGCUUUUGAACAUCUGUUCGGAGGAUGCUAAGGCUGCUUUCACUGCGGUCACCGUCUCUCUCCUAUUCCGAUCGGCUCUUGCGGAGCCAAAGUCGAUACCUUCCGCGUCUAUGUACCCUACACUGGACGUUGGUGAUCGCAUUAUGGCCGAGAAGGUCUCAUACUUUUUCAGGAAGCCAGAGGUUUCAGAUAUAGUAAUCUUCAAGGCUCCUCCGAUCUUGGUGGAACAUGGUUACAGUUGCAACGAUGUUUUCAUAAAGAGGAUAGUGGCAAGUGAAGGUGACUGGGUUGAAGUUCGUGAUGGGAAGCUCUUUGUGAAUGACAAUGCGCAAGAAGAAGACUUUGUCUUAGAGCCAAUCUCCUAUGGAAUGGAACCAAUGUUUGUCCCCAAAGGUUGUGUCUUUGUCCUCGGAGACAACCGUAACAAAAGCUUUGACUCUCAUAACUGGGGUCCACUUCCGAUAGAGAACAUUGUCGGAAGGUCUGUGUUCCGGUAUUGGCCACCGAGCAAAGUAUCAGACACCAUAUACCACAACCAAGCUGUGCCAAAAGGACCUGUUGCUGUUUCAUGA